UAUCUUCUCUACCCUGGGAGCAGCUCCUCUGCCUUUGCCCCUCACCCCUGAAAAGUGUAUGCCUGCUCCAAGUUCGUCUCUACCCGCUCCCUGAUCAGCACCUCUCAGCUGCUGAGUCGUCCGCUCUCCGCAGUGGAGUUGAAGCGACCACAGAUGCCCACAGAUGAGGGCCUCAGCUGCUUGGCGGUCCGGCGACCUCUGACCUCGCUUAUCCCUAGCUGCAGCUUCCAAACCAGCGCCAUUUCAAGGGACAUCGGCACAGCUGCCAAGUUCAUUGGAGCUGGGGCUGCUACAGUUGGGGUGGCCGGCUCUGGAGCAGGAAUUGGGACUGUUUUUGGGAGUCUCAUCAUUGACUAUGCCAGGAACCCUUCUCUGAAGCAGCAACUCUUCUCCUAUGCGAUUCUGGGCUUCGCCCUCUCUGAGGCCAUGGGGCUCUUUUGCCUAACGGUGGCCUUCCUCAUCCUCUUCGCCAUGUGAAGCAGCUGUCUCCAUCUCCACCUCCCAUGGUUCUUCCGUGUCUCAUCUGCCCUGUGUGUUCCUUUUCCUGUGCCUCCCCAAGAAGUCUGGGGAAAGUGCUUGGCUCAGGGUUUGACAGAGAGAAGAAGACAAAUACUGUAUUAAUAAGAAAAAGAAGAAGAAGAAAAGAAGAAGAAGAA